UAUAAAUCCCCCGUCUCUCUCUCCCUCUCAAUAUCUUCAGAAAUUCGGAAAACCCUGAAACCAGAUUUCAUCGGGGAAGCAAGAAAAACGUUUUCUUCGAGCGCGAUGGAGUUUAGGCCCCUCGACGUCACCGUCCUGUCGGCCAAGGGCCUCAAGGACGUCAACCUCAUGACCAAGAUGGACGUCUACGCCGUCGUCUCCAUCUCCGGCGACCCCCGCACCGCCCAGAAGACCCCCGUCGACAAGGACUGCGGCUCCUCCCCCAAGUGGCACUUCCCCAUGAAGUUCACCCUCGACGAUGCCGCCGCCCACGCCAACCGCCUCACCCUCGUCUUCAAGAUCAUGUCCGACCGCUCCCUCGGCGACCGCGAGGUCGGCUCCGUACACGUCCCCGUCAAGGAGCUCCUCGAUGCCGCCUCCGUCGUUGAUGGGAAGAAGUCCGACGACGUCGCCCCGCCCCCGGCGCUCGAGAACGUCAUGAGCUACUGCGUCAGGACGCCGAAGGGCAAGCCCAAGGGGACACUCGAAUUCUCGUAUCGGUUCGGGGAGAAGUACACCGUCGCCGCCCCACCACCGCCCACGACCGCGAAGGGCGCGGAUGAGCCCGUGAUGGCGUACCCCGCGAUGGCCCAUCCCGGGUCAAGCUCCGCCGGCGCCGCUUACCCGCCGCCUGGGGGGUACCCGCACUACCCGCCGCCUGGGGGAUACCCGCAAUACCCGCCGGCCGGAGGGUACCCGGCUUACCCGCCACAGGUGGGUUACGGGUACCCGAACCAGCACCCGCACGGGGCGCAGGGUUACGGCUACCCGCCGGUCCAGCAGGUGAAGCCACCGAAGAAGAGCGGUGGGGGGAAGUUCGGGCUGGGGUUGGCCGGCGGGCUACUCGGAGGGCUGCUGAUCGGGGACAUGAUAGGGGACGCGGCUGAGAUGUCAGCGUAUGACGCUGGGGGUUUCGACGACGGCGGUUUUGACUUUUAGUUUUUUUUUUAUUGGAGUUUUCUGGAUUUUAAUAUGUAUAAUUUUUUUAUUACUUUUUUUAAAUGGAUUGAGAUGGGACGUAUAUGUAUAUGGUUAGAAAUCUAAUAAUCAGACCUCUUAUAUAUUGCCGAUGCUUUU